AUGAGGUCAGCGAGGACCUCACUCGCCCAAGGCCGGCCCCUCCGCGCGCUGGUCCUGGCGGUGCUCCUGCUCGACUCUCUGGGCGAGGAUUUCAUGUUUCACCCUGAGUGGGGCUUUGACGCCUAUGAAAUCACCAUCCCCAAGAAGCUGAGCGUCCGCGGAGGGGCGCAGGGGGCGAGCAAGCUCGAGGCCUACCUCCUGCAGGUGAAAGGCAAGAAGCAUGUCCUGCACCUGUGGCCCAAGAGGUUCCUGCUGCCGCGCCACCUGCAGGUGUUCUCCUUCACGGAGCAGGGGCAGCACCUGGAGGAUUACCCGUACAUCCCCAGGGACUGCAACUACGUGGGCGCGGUGGAAGGCUCCGGGGAUUCGGAGGCUACUGUCAGUACGUGCAUGGGGGGUCUCCGCGGCAUCUUGAGAAUCGACGCCAAGCAUUACCAAAUCGAGCCCCUCAAGGCCUCUUCCACUUUUGAACACGUCGUGUAUUUCCUGAAGGACGACGGAUUGCACCAGCCCCUCUGCGGCUUAACUAAGGGCGACAUAGAGCAGCAGGGGGCGCCAUAUGCCGGCAGCGCCAGGCUGGGGGACUUGACUGGAAUCAUUAGGCACCAGCGGUACUUGGAAUUAGCCUUGAUCUUUGAUCAUGAGAGAUAUUUGUAUUCCAAUUCCAAUGUUUCUGAAGUCACAAACGAUGCCAUUCUUCUGACUUCCAUUAUGGACACUUACUUUCAGGAGCUGCAUUUGAGAAUACAACUCGGCACGGUUGAAGUAUGGACGGACCAAAACAGAGUCGACGUUGUGUUUCCAACCUUACAGCAGGCGUUAGGCCAGUUUAUGAUAUAUCAGAGAAACGUACUAAGUCGUCAGCUUUCCGCAGAUUGGGUACAACUGUACGUUAAAAGAGAUUAUAUUGAUGCUCUUGCGUGGUCCUGGGGAAGAGUGUGUGUUAAGGAAUACGCUGGUUCUAUAAGUGUUUUUCCAGAUAUGAGUGUCCUCGGACCUGCCACUUGGGGCACUCACAACCUGGGCCAUAGCGUGGGAAUGAUACACGACGGGCCUUACUGCCGAUGCAAGGGGAGGCGCAGCUGCAUUAUGGGCACCGGGCGAACUGGGUUCAGCAAUUGUAGUUAUAUCCAGUUUUUAAGCCACGUCCGUAGACAUGCAGACUGUCUCAAUGAUAUCCCUGGACAUAGUUAUGUGGUGAAGAGAUGUGGAAACAAAAUUGUGGAAGACGAUGAGCAGUGUGACUGUGGCUCCCUCGAGGACUGCGAAGCAGACCAGUGCUGCGAGCCAGGGUGUAAAUUCAGACACGGCGUCAACUGCAGCACCGGACUGUGCUGUCAUAACUGUCACUUUCGUCCAUCCGGGUAUUUGUGUCGGAAGGAAGAAAAUGAAUGCGACCUCGCCGAGUACUGCGAUGGGACCUCAGGUCUCUGCCCCAACGACACGUACAAGCAGGAUGGGACCCCGUGCAAGCACAAAGCCCUGUGCUUCAGCAAGGGCUGCCGGUCCACCUACAUGCAGUGCCAACACAUUUUUGGACCUGACGCCAGGGAGGCUGCUCAGCAGUGCUACGAUGCAGUGAAUUUAAUAGGGGACCAACAUGGCAACUGUGGUAUUUUGGGGAGUAGCUCCUAUAAAAAGUGUACCAAGCGGCACACAUUAUGUGGCAGGGUCCAGUGCAUCAAUGUCGACACCCUCCCUGACAUGCCAGAUUAUACGACUAUCGUGUCCACGCACCUGCGGGACGAAAACGUCCUGUGCUGGGGCGUGGGCUAUCACACGUCCUUGGUGCCCUUGGGGAUUCCUGACGUUGGCGUGGUCCACGACGGCACGUUCUGCGGCGAGGACCGGAUAUGUGUGAACAGAACUUGUAUGAGCACCUCCAUCCUGAAGUUUGACUGUGAGCCUGAGAAGUACAACCGCCGGGGCACCUGCAACAACAACAGGAACUGCCACUGCGCGUACGGCUGGGCGCCUCCGUUCUGUGAGGAGAUGGGGUACGGAGGAAGCAUCGACAGCGGGCCGCCGGGACCGCGACCACCGGAGGUGCCCGCCUCUGCUAAGGUGGUGCCGCUGGUUCUAGGACGCCUGCUUUUGUUAGCCCUCUCCAUGGUUGUUAUCGGGAUUUUCAGGCAAUUGAUAGGAAGCCAGGUAAAACCCCAACAGAAAGAAACACCACCACCGGCUGGUAUUGUAGGUGAACAGCCGAUUGCAGACAAACAACCGAUUGUAGGUGAACAGCCGAUUGUGGAUAAACAACCGAUUGUAGGUGAACAGCCGAAGCAACGAAAACUUAUAAAAAUAAAAAAAAUAAUCAAGAAAUCCCUAGCCCCUCCAAAACAGAAGGGCAAACGUUGA